AUGUCUGGCUUCUUUUUAUCUGGGAAUUCAUGCCCAGCAGUGAAGAACAUUUUAAUUCUGGAUUCAGAAGGGAAACGUGUAGCAGUAAAGUAUUACUCAGAUGAAUGGCCAACAAAUAGUGCUAAGUUAGCCUUUGAAAAAUCUCUCUUUGGUAGAACACUCAAAUCAAAUGCUCGUACUGAAGCUGAGAUCACAAUCUUUGAUAGCAACAUUGUAAUCUAUAAGUUCGUCCAAGACCUACAUUUCUUCAUAACUGGAGGUGAUGAUGAAAAUGAACUUCUUCUUGCCACUGUGCUUCAGGGACUAUUUGAUGCCAUUGCUCUUCGUUUGAGGAACACAAUUGAUAAAAGGGAAGCACUUGAGAACUUAGAUGUCAUCUUCUUAUGCAUUGAUGAAGUUGUGGAUCAAGGGAUGAUACUUGAAACAGAUGCAAAUGCUAUUGCAGGAAAGGUGGCAAUCCAAAACAUGGACGCUUCAGCAACAUUAUCUGAACAGACAAUAAGUCAAGCAUUGGCUUCAGCUCGUGAACAUUUGACAAAAACCCUUCUAAAAUGA